CGAGUAUCGAUCAGUUUAAUGGUGGUUUAGACGCGCUGCACUGCCAUUAUUUUUCGCCGCACAAUGAGGAUGACAAGAUGAGAUGUUAAAAGGGACACAUAUGGAUUACGCACACAGAUGACAGAAUGGACUCUGUGGAAAACAGCAGCAUGAAGCAGCAGCAGCAGCGCGCGUCCUCGCCAGCCAGAUUCAAAGACUCGCCGUCCAAAGCAGCUUCCAAAAGCGCGUCUGGAAAAGCCUCCGGUGGCGCGUCAAAGAGCAGCGGUAAGAGCAGCCGCAGUAAUUCUCCGGUCACCAGCAAAGACCGGCAUGCGGCCCGAGGCGCGGCAGCUGUCCACGGCAGUGGAGCAGAAAGCCCGACUCUGAGACGCGCGGAGAAGAGCAAGAGCAUCGAGGAGCGCAGCAGCUCCUCCGAGGAGCCCUACGCAGCCGACGAGCCGGGUCUGGGGGCCGACGCUGCUCGGGUGGUGUCCGAUCAGCCCAGCUCCACCAAAUCCUCUCAGGGCAAGAGAGAGACGGCGAGAGCCGAGGGAGGCAAGACGGCCAAGAGCGCUGUAGGCUGCGGCCCGGGCUUCUGGAGGGAGGGAUGCUUGCAGUCUGAGCUCAUACAGUUUCACAUGAACAAAAGCUUGAAGAAGGAAAGCGGCAUGAAGACGCCGAGCUCGCCGGUAACGGAGCCGCAGCUGCCGCCCGCUGACGCAAACCGGCCCUCAGAGGCCUCACCUCCACCAAACCUGGAGCUGCAGGAGGAGAUCGAGAGACUGGAGGACGAGAACGAAUACCUGAAGCAUGAAAUUGAAGAAAUGCGAGCAGAGAUGGAUGAAAUGAGGGACACGUUCUACGAGGAAGACGCCUGUCAGCUACAGGACAUGCGGCGUGAACUGGAGAGAGCCCAUAAGAACUGCAGAAUCCUUCAGUAUCGCCUGCGAAAGGCAGAGAGGAAGAGAAUGCGAUUUGCAGAAACCGGUGAAUUUGACGGGGAACUGCUGAGGAGCCUGGAGCAAGACCUAAAGGUGGCCAAGGAUGUGUCUGUGCGUCUGCACAACGAACUGGAGAAUGUGGAGGAGAAGCGAACGAGAACAGAAGACGAGAAUGAAAGACUGCGGCAACAGCUGAUUGAAGUGGAGGUGACCAAACAGGCUUUACAGAAUGAGCUGGAGAAGACCAAAGAGCUCUCUCUGAAACGAAGAGGAAAAGAUGUCCAGAAAUCAGAGAAGAGGACUCCACAAACCCCAUCAGAGGAGGAAAAUGAAGAUCUGAAAUGCCAGUUGGCCUUCAUCAAAGAGGAGGCUAUCUUAAUGCGGAAGAAAAUGGCUAAGAUAGACAAAGAGAAGGACCGUCUAGAGCAGGAGCUGCAGAAGUACCGCUCCUUUUACGGUGAUGUAGACAGUCCUCUCCCCAAAGGCGAGGCUGGAGGUCCUCCAACCACCAGAGAGUCCGAGCUGAAGCUGCGUCUGCGGCUGGUGGAAGAAGAAGCCAAUAUAUUAGGCCGCAAAAUCGUGGAGCUGGAAGUGGAAAACCGCGGGCUGAAGGCAGAGCUGGACGAUAUGCGUGGGGAUGAGCUGUCUGGAGGGACGAUGGACCCCUCGUCCAGAGAGCAGAGCGAGGCGCUCUCCGAACUUCGGCAGCAGUUGCAGUUGGUGGAGGACGAGGCUGAGCUUCUGCGCCGCAAUUUGGCUGACGUGGAAGAGCAGAAUAAGAAGAUGACUAGCGAGCUCAACAAGCUCAAAUACAAGGCCGGGUCGCACGAGGGAUCGCGCUUUAGCAGCGGAGCAGUCGAUGGAGCGAAAUUUGAAGCCCUGCAGGAAGAGCUCAAAGCCGCUAGGCUGCAGAUCAACGAACUGAGCGGGAAAGUGAUGCAGCUGCAGUAUGAAAACCGUGUGCUGCUGUCCAACAUGCAGCGCUACGAUCUGGCCUCGCAUCUCGGCAUCCGCAGCAGCCCGAGAGACAGCGACGCAGAGAGCGACUGCGGCCGCAGGGAAAGCGACGACGACUGCUCUCGCCUCACGCCGCAUCGCAAACGUGAGGGUCCCGUCGGCGGAGAAAGCGACUCCGACGAAGUCCUCAACAUCCGGUGCCUGACUCCCACUCGCUCCCUUUACACCCCGGAGGGACGCUUUUUAUCGAGAGGUUUCAAAGACCGCCAGCAGAUGAUUGAUAUCCGCAUGGAGGCCGAGAGGUUGAGCAGGACCAUCGACAGACUCAUCGCUGAUACCAGCACCAUCAUCGCGGAGGCUCGUGUUUACGCCACCAACGGAGAGCUGUUUGGAAGAAUGGAUGAGGAUGACGAGGGCGGUCGGAUACGAGAGCACGAGCUGCUCUACCGCAUCAAUGCUCAGAUGAAAGCCUUCAGGAAGGAGCUGCAGAACUUCAUUGACCGCCUGGAAGUCCCAAAACCAGAAGACCGAGAAACUGAAGAGCCUCUGUCUAUGUUUCAGCCUAUUAUUUUGCUUAUUCUCAUCCUUGUCUUAUUUUCAUCUUUAUCGUACGCCACUAUUUUCAAACUAGUCUUUCUUUUCACUCUUUUCUUUGUUCUGUAAACUUUCAUUUUUAAUUU